UACAAUUGUCCACUGGGUUCAAUGGAAGUGGAAGUGUAAAUACGAGGCGGACUAGGAUAACAUUGUAACAACCUAAUUACAAAAGAGAAAGGAAAAUGGAAAUGGAUCAGUCUUUGGCGAAAAAUCUUCUUAAUAAUGGCGCUGUGCUAAUUAUAACUGGUGUGCCAGUUCGAACUUUAUUCGGUGUAGAUUUGUGUACUUACACAAUAGCAGAUAAUUUUCGAGGAGUUAAAAUGAUACCACCAGGUUUUCAUUAUGUUUGGUGUGCGGCUACUGGGCCUUAUGGUGAUUCAGCUCCAAGAGUAGGAUUUGCUCAUUAUUUUAAGGCUCGAGAAAUUUUGGUAAAAGAAUGGGAUACUACAACGGAGGAGUUGAAAGAAAGGCAAAGUCCGGAGCCAGAAUUGGAAAAACAACGUAUACGAGAACAUUUAAAAGAGUUAGAUAGAUUUCUAGCUCCAUACGAUUUGCGUAGUUUAAAGGAUUGGGUUAAGCUAACGUCGCAUGUCGUUGGCGAAGAAGUUUUGAACAAAUGUAAACCGUCUUUGGGUACAAUACGCACAAAUGUCGAACUGGAAUCGUGUCCAGAUUCUGAAAGGCCGCGAGGCUCCUUAAAUGAAACCUAUUCAGUUAUGAAAUUAAAAUUUGUGAGUGACGAAAAUGAUCUUUUACCUAAAUUAAAACCAGUUGAGGGCACGGCUCCUCGCUUUAACUCGGUACCAGAUAGAGUGCCUAAAAACAGUUCGCCGGCAGAAAUCUCCCUACAUUCAGUAGAUUGUAUUGAAGCUUGCGACGAAUUACUGAAAUCUUACACGAAUUCGCUUGAAUUAAUUCAAGAAAUUCAGAUAUCAUUUGCGUUUUUCGUAGUCGGCUUCUCGACCGAAUCUUUAUUAUAUUGGCGUAAAAUAUUGAACUUGCUAUCACAUUCAGAAGAGGCUGCAGGAAAAUAUCUUUCUCUCUAUGAGGAGUAUUACAAAAUAUUGGCUUUCCAACUGCCCCAUUUACCAGAAGAACUCUCAAUGCCCACAGACGGCAAUACGGUUUAUAAAGAUGUACGCUCGUUACUGUAUAACUUGAAGAGAGUGGGACUAGAAAGCAGUGGUAAUCUUUUAAUAAAAAGUCUUGAAAAGUCACUCAACUGGAAGUUUGACAAUUUAAGAGAAGAUCCUGAAGAUAUGCCAAUAGUAGUAGAAUUGAAUGAAGCAAUAUAAUGAUUUUUAUUUACUUAUAGUUUUUAAUGCUGCAAUGGAAAAUAUAUAUGAUAAGGAACCACAUCCUGGCUUGAAUAUGACUAAUUUGUAUAGUAAGAACUGAAUUAUAGCAUCCACUCCACAUAGUGU